AGUGAGCCUUCCAAGUUGUUGUUAUCAAUUUACGGAAUGUUGUCGCUGCUGAUGAAUUAGAUGUUCGUGCCAUGUUCUGGUUGUCAGCAUCGCAAGAAAAGUUACCCUGCGCGAGAUAGCUUUUUGUGCAACGUAGAAAUUCUUAUACGCGCUGUUUCACUGACUUGUUCGCUGUACAUGCCGAACGGUGGUGUACGCCUGCAUCUUUUCAUAGAUUGCUUUGUCAGUUAUGUCACGUUAGGCUUACGUUUUGCAGAAAUACGAACUGGAGCGGACGCUUGUUUUUGCACAGGACGUGUUGCGGAAUCAUGCUGCCCCGCUUCACAUACCUUCGAUGAGAUUUGGUUGCUGCAGAGUCGGGAGACUGCCGCAAAGAAUGCAAUGGGCGUUUGCACACCAACAAGUGAUUGCUGUACAUUCCAAAAUGCCGAAAUUGUUUGAGGGACACAAUGACUAUCAGUCGAAAAACCGACGGUCAUCUGACGGUCACCAUUACUUCUACUAUUUCCUGUAACGUUCUCAACGAAAUCUAAUCGAGGCAACGGCUCCCUUUCUCAUAGUCUUACGGAGAAGACUGCUUCAUCAGAUGUGGAUCUUCUGCGAUGCGAUUGUGCACUUGAAAGAAAGACUUCAAACUCAUAUUUAUCAAGCCAUUCCUGUAACUACCAAAUCGAAAAAGGAAAGAAAUCACUGCAGCAGUGCUCGAUCACACAUAUGUACAACAUUGGUUAGAUUAUUUGAUUAAUUUACAAAGAAAUUUACGUGAUGCGAUGAGAU